AUGUCCUCGUCCACACCAGCACCGGCGCCUGCUGCGCCCGAGCAGCAACAGCCAUCAAGCUCGACUCAGAAUGACGGCGCUAGCCCCGCUGCAUCCGCAGACGCUCCUCUCGGUCCCGACGGCCAGCCACUCACAAAAAGUGCCAUGAAGAAGCUCGCCAAGCUCAAGGAGAAGGAGGCAAAGCAGGCAGCCAAGGACGCGCUCAAGAGCGACAAGCCCGCGCAGAACGCGGCUGGUUCGGGCGCAGCCAAGAAGGAAAAGCCCAAGAAGGAGGUCAAGCAGGAGCCCGAGUGGGUCAACAACACCGUCGAUGGCGAAAAGAAGGACCUCUCCGCUCCCAUGGAGAGCGGAUACAACCCGCUCCACGUCGAACAGAGCUGGUACCAGUGGUGGGAAAAGUCCAACCACUUCAAGCCUGCAGAGCCCACCGAGUCGGACCCUUAUGACCCGGAAAAGACCUUCAUCAUUCCCGCGCCACCUCCCAACGUCACAGGCUCGCUCCAUAUCGGUCACGCCUUGACCAUCUCGAUUCAGGACACUUUGAUCCGAUGGUACCGCAUGAACGGCUACAGGACGCUCUUCAACCCCGGAUACGACCACGCCGGUAUCGCUACGCAGAGCGUCGUCGAGAAGCGUAUCGCAAAGACCGAGGGCAAGUCACGCCACGACUAUGGUCGCGAAAAGUUCCUGGAGAAGGUGUUCGCAUGGAAGGACGACUACCAGUCGCGCAUCUCGAACCAGAUGCGUCGUCUCGGUGCCUCGUACGACUUCUCAAGGGAAGCUUUCACCAUGGAUCCCGUUCGCUCCAAAGCCGUCACCGAAGCUUUCUGCAAGCUCCACGAGGACGGCAUCAUCUACCGAGCUAACCGACUCGUCAACUGGUGCUGCAAGCUCAGCACCGCCCUUUCCAACAUCGAGGUCGACCAGAAGCAGCUCAACGGCCGCACCUUGCUCAACAUCCCUGGCUACCCUGCCAACGAGCGCAUCGAGUUUGGUGUCAUCGUCAGCUUCUCGUACCAGAUCGAAGGCAGCGAUGAGAAGAUCAUUGUCGCCACCACUCGUCCCGAGACUAUGCUCGGUGAUACCGCCGUUGCUGUCCACCCUGACGACCCGAGGUACAAGCACCUCCACGGCAAAAACGUCGUCCAUCCUUUCGUCCCCGGUCGCAAGAUCCCCAUCAUCGCCGAUUCCAUCAUUGUCGAUAUGGAGUUCGGUACCGGUGCAGUCAAGAUCACCCCCGCCCACGACCCCAACGAUUACGAAGUCGGUAAACGACACGAUCUCGAGUUCAUCAACAUCCUCAACGAGGAGGACGGUACGCUCAAUGAGAACUGCGGCGACUUCCAAGGCAUGAAGCGAUUCUCCGCUCGUCGCGCCGUCAUCGACGAGCUUAAGGAGAUCGGCAGCUACGUCGAGACCAAGGACAACCCGAUGACGGUCCCUAUCUGCUCUCGAUCCGGCGACGUGAUCGAGCCCAUCAUGAAGCCUCAGUGGUGGGUCAACUGCAAGCCGCUUGCGGACAAGGUGAUCGAACGCGUACGUGCCGGUGACAUGACCAUCACCCCCGUCGUCUCCGAGAAGGAGUUCUUCCGAUGGAUGGAGAACAUCCAGGAUUGGUGCAUCUCCCGUCAGUUGUGGUGGGGCCAUCGUUGCCCCGUCUACUUUGUCAACAUCGAAGGCGAAUCUCAAGACCGCACCGAUGACAAGUUCUGGAUCUCCGGUAGGACUCUCGAGGAGGCUCAGGAACGAGCGGCCAAGCUCGCUGGCGGCAAGAACUUCACGCUCGAACAGGACGACGACGUUCUCGACACGUGGUUCUCCUCCGGACUCUGGCCCUUCUCGAUCAUGGGCUGGCCGGAGAAGACGGACGAUUUGAAGCACUUUUACCCGUCGUCGAUGUUGGAGACGGGUUGGGACAUUCUGUUCUUCUGGGUGGCAAAGAUGUGCAUGCUGGGAGUGUACCUGACUGGUCAGCUGCCGUUCAAGGAGGUGUUCUGUCACGCGAUGGUGAGGGAUGCGCAUGGAAGGAAGAUGUCCAAGUCGUUGGGUAAUGUCAUCGAUCCGUUGGAUGUGAUCGAAGGUAUCACUCUGGACGGGCUGCACGACAGGUUGAAGGAGGGCAAUCUGGACGACAAGGAAAUUGCCAAGGCUGCUCAGGGGCAGAAGAAGGACUUCCCCAAGGGCAUCCCUCAAUGCGGUACGGAUGCGCUGCGAUUCGCACUGUGUGCCUACACGAGCGCCGGCAGAGACAUCAACCUCGACAUCCUGCGCGUCGAAGGCUACCGCAAGUUCUGCAACAAACUCUGGAACGCUACCAAGUUUGCCCUGCUCAAACUCGAACCCAUCGAGACCUUCCAGCCCGCCUCCACGGACGAGCCCUCCGGAUCUGAAUCCCUCGUCGAAAAGUGGAUCCUGCACAAGCUCAACUCUGCCUCCAAGACCGUCAACGACAACCUCAAGGAACGCAACUUUAUGGCUGCCACCUCUGCCGUCUACAACUUCUGGCUGUACGAGCUCUGCGACGUGUACAUCGAAGCCAUCAAGCCCAUCACCGACGCCGGUGCUGCCGAUGAGAAGGCCAAGAGCAGUGCGCAGCAGACGCUGUACACGUGUUUGGAUGCCGGGUUGAAGCUGCUGCAUCCCUUCAUGCCGUUUGUCACGGAGGAGCUGUGGCAGAGGUUGCCGCGACGCAGCGGUGAGCAGGCGGAGAGCAUCGCUCUCGCCCGAUACCCGGUUUGGAUGGAGAGCAGGGAAGAUGGGAAAGCCGAAGUGGAGUUCGAAGAAGUUUUCUCCGCCGUCCGAGCGAUCCGAGGCAUGUGUGUCGACUACAACCUGUCGAAAGACGUCCAGGUCUACCUCGAAACCUCCGACUCCGGUUUCUCGACCACGCUCAAGAACAACUCGGAGAUCGUCACCACGCUCGUCAAGGGCUGCACGCGCGUCACCGUCGUCUCCGGCGCAAGUGAUGUGCCGAAAGGCUGCGCCGUCGCCUCCAUCUCCUCCCGCCUCAACGCACACCUCCUCAUCCGCGGCCAGGUCAACAUCGACCAGGAACUCGCCAAACUCGACAAGAAGCUCCAACUCAACCAGGUCGGUCUCGACAAGGUCGGGGCGGUGAUGAACAAGCCGCAGGAGUGGGAGAGGAUGCCGGAGGAGGUCAAGCUCAGCACCAAGGAGAAGCUCAAGAAUCUCGAGGCAGAGAGGAGCGCUAUGGAGGAAGCUAGGAAGCAGUUUGAGAGUAUUCGCGAUGAUUGA